AAUUCACUGUGCGUAUGACGUAGCCUACGUAUAGCCCUCCAGUGAGUGUGCUAACAAGAAAAAAAGAUGGAUUCUCCCAUACUGGUAAUGUUAAAUUUUUAAUUUUACUGAAUACUAUGCGUGUUAUUUUAGAUUAAGUUUUGAUUUUAAGAUGAGGACUGUGUCUCAAAACGUCGUAAAUUGGUUUAUUCAGUCUAUCCAGUUGACUUGACAUGAAGAUAACCACUGUAACGAGUUAGCUAAAGUGGCUAACCAGCUAGCAGCCGAAUAGUUUGAAGGUUUGUGUAUGUUGAUGAUGUGGAAGUGUCAUGUCUGCCCCCCUGACUCCGCGAUUAAACAAUGAUUUUCAAAACGAUUGGGCUUACGGUGGGAUCGCGCUUGUUUCAUUCAUCCCGUCUAAUGUCUUUGGUGCUGUUUAGUCGGAGUUCGUGACCAACGAUCAAUUAAAACCAUAUGUUUCAUACCUCAAGUCACUUAGCUUUAAAACACAGUCAUACUAUUAAUGCAAACAUUUCUGUUGUUUUCUGUUUGAACAGGAACCAUCCCUGUAUACAGUCAAAGCAGUGCUGAUUCUGGACAAUGACGGGGACAGACUCUAUGCCAAGGUAUGUUUGAGACAUUAGUACAGCAGAAUUGACUUCAGUGAGUAAAUAUUUGAAGUAUUUCCGGAAUUAAAAACUAAUACAAUUAAAUAAAGAACCUUUAUGGAGGUUUCAUUGAUUAGCAUGUUUUUAAAGUACUAGGAUCAAGAGCAGUGUAGGGAGGGAAUCCACAUAUGGGGGAGAGUGGGGCCAGAUCAGCCAUAUUUCUUGUUCGGAUCACUACAUCAAGUCAAUCAUAGUUUUGUCUCUAACUAGUGUAUCUGCAUAUAUUUCAAGAUGCUGUUCAUCCCUGCAAACCAACAGAAUGAGUGUAAACAUAACUGUCUUGAUAAUAUAGCAUGCCAAAAAAAAAGCGGUCUCUGAUGGUCAACUUACCCCAUGUAUGGGGUGAGCCGUAUCCCUACUAUCCCCCAACUCUCCAGCACAGCCCUCCCUCACCUUCUCUCUCCCUAAAUAACAGUCACUUCUUCACAUUCAUGUGUAUUUUUAUCUAUCAUACCCUAUUCAACUGGUACAAUAAUUCUUUCUAUCAUUAUUGCAUAUAACUUAGAUGUUUUGUAAAAAGCCAUUUUAACAUGAGAAUGUCUCUAAGUGUUUCAGAACAUUCACAGCUGUAUUUUUGAAAAGAAAAAGUAACACAUUUCAACAAUCUGAACUAAAACUCUGAUCCUCUCAUCAUACUCUCGUCUCGCCACUGCCUCAACUUACCCCAGAACUACUAUUAUGACUUUGUUAGUCCUCUAAACUAAAAUGGUGGACUUUUAUGCUAGGUUUUUGACCUCAUGUUGUAGCUCAUAGAUACCACAAUUGAUGUAUAAAACAAAUUUAAAAUGAUCUUUUUUGGUCUGAACACAAUUCUAAUAAAAAUUAUGACAGACCAAAUUCACUUUCAAGAGUGAAAAAUGUUUUUUUUUUUUUUUUUUUUUGUGAAUAAAUGUCUAACCCCUUCACCCAUGUGUUUCCAACCUUCACAGACUCUACGAAUUAAUGCCCAUCUCCUAAAUAUUUGAUCACAUUAUCAAUUUCUUUUACAAUUUCCAAACAACAGGGGGUGGCUCAACUUACCCCACUCUCCCCUACCUAUUUUUCCUGGCUAUCGUAACUUGGAUCUGUGCAACCAAGUGUACAGCCUUAAAUAUUGUAAUACUUGUAAAAUGAACCUUUAAGAGUCCUGACAUUUCUAGCCUUUAAUAAAUAUAUUGACGAUGAUGAUGGUAUUGAAUGUCCUUUAGUUAAAGUUCUGCCAAAUUUAAUUGUGAUUUUACAUGGAAAUUUCUUCUCUUUAAAUUGAUCGACAGUAUUAUGACGAUACGUACCCGACAGUGAAGGAGCAGAAGGCAUUCGAGAAGAACAUAUUCAACAAAACACACAGGACAGACAGUAAGAACUGUUUAUCGUUUCAUUCACAGACCCUUGUCUUUUAUAAGUACAUGUCUGAUAAUGUUCAUGGUUGGUUUAUGUGUCUUUUCAGGUGAGAUAGCAUUACUGGAGGGCCUUACCGUUGUCUACAAGAGCAACAUAGACCUCUUCUUCUAUGUGAUUGGAAGUUCUCAUGAAAAUGAGGUAAGCAAAGUUUUAGGAUUUUCUGAUAAAAGUCCACCUGUUGGUCAACAAGUAUCACAAAUCAUACAUGAGAAACAAGGAGUCCCUCCCAAACAAGGAGUCCCACCAUGUUUCUUCCAUCUUGGGAGAUUGUUUGAAUAAAACUUGAUAAAACAGGAAUAUUUGACUUGUACUGAAUUUGAUCCAAGAAUUGCCCCCCCCCCGUAAAUUUCUCACAUUUUUGCUCUUUCCUUGUUUCUUUUUGAAACAGCAAUGUGUUUAAAAACAAAUUCUGUGGUUCUUUGCCUCGAUUAAAACAACUAGCGUGGCCGGGCCAUCCUGUUGCGUGAAUCACUUGAUGUUCCUUCCUAGGAAGGGAAUCUUGAUCUUCCCAGGAACAUCAAGUGAUUCACGCAACAGGAUGGCCCGGCCAGGCUAUAAAACAACCACAUUCAACCUACAUAGAGCCUUACAUGAGACUGUUUCAUAUCAUUGGUGGUUGUGUUGCUUAAUAAUUCAGAAUUUAGUGUUUAAAGCUUGAAAAGUAAAUAAGGAGCCAUUUCCAGAUUUUGAUGUUCCCAGAAAUCUCAAAAUAACUAAAUUUUCUGGUUCUGAAAUUGUUGUUUUUCAACAGUGUUGGUUUUCAGAUCUUCCAGGAAUCAGUAUUGUAACAUGCGGGCUUUAGUGCUAUUAAAAACUGACAAAUUGUUUCUGUCAGUUAAAACCAUCUGUCUGCAUCCAGCUUUCAUACUUAAAAUAAACCGAAUUCUUAUUUUGCAAUUGAAGUCGCUUCAUCAUUACAUGAUGGUGUGUUAUCACAUAUGGUUUGAGAAAGCUACAAUUCAGAAAAAUGGUAUGUUUUAAUGUUAAAAGAACAUUUUGUGAACACCAUACAAGUGAUUGUACAUGUUAUCUCUUGAUUGUUAUUUCCCCCAGAUGAUGAUAAACAAUGUGGGCUCAUUAAACAUGAACAGAUUCUGAUGCAUUCUGUCAUUUUCAACAGCUUAUGCUCAUGGCUGUUCUAAAUUGCCUUUUUGACUCGCUCAGCCAGAUGUUGAGGUAUGUUUUUACAUCUGUUAUUCAUUCUGCAGAACAUCAAUAAAACUUUUUAUUGUGAGGUCUCGAAAGUUAAGCGUGAUAUGUUUUUGUUACUCUCUAGAAAAAAUGUUGAGAGGCGAGCUUUGCUGGAGAAUAUGGAGGGGCUUUUCCUGGCCGUGGAUGAGAUUGUAGAUGGAGGGUAAGUAGCGCCAUAAAAUUUUUGAUGCACCGUCGCCUUUUAUUAAAAUAUUGGAGUUAUUUCUGUACGUUUUCUCUGUGUAAUUUUGGUCUCUGCUGUCCGCUGCAGGGUGAUCCUUGAGAGUGACCCCCAGCAAGUGGUGCACCGUGUGGCUCUCAGAGUAAGCUCUAUUCUUUUCCUGCAGGAAUUUUCAACUAUUUGUUGCGUCAGAUGUUAACAUAACAUAAAACUGUUCUUGCAGGGGGAUGAUGUGCCUUUGACGGAGCAGACAGUCACACAGGUAAAACAUUUCGUGGUCUUUUCUUUGCUCUAAGUUUAUCGGCAUCACUAGUUUACUUCCUGUAAAAACUUGUUAUAUGUAUGCAAGGUCAUCAUUUAAAAUCCCCUCACUGUGUCACUGCUUCUUGGUUGUCUCAUUCUGCAUCGUCUGAUAUCCAUGACAGUGUACAUGAUUACUAAUUAUUCAGUGGUAUGGCGGUAGGUUUCUAACGGAGGUUCCUAUCUUUUGGCUCUGACAUGAGUCUGCCCGUGUGUGAGCUCCCCUUGAUUAAUGUCAUCAUUUAAGAGUCCGUAGACUUGCUAACGCCAUCCCUCUUCUGGCUGAGAUUAAUGAUUGUCCCCAGUCCUCAUACUUUAUGGUUAUGAUUCAGUUGUCAUUCAAUGAAUUAAGAUGAUUAAUUUGAUCUUGCAUAUUUCUCUUCAUUUACAUUACUUAUUCACCCGUCUUUGUCCUGUUUUUUGACAGUCAUAACGAACUUUUUUUCCCCCUUAAAUGUACCCCUCAUGUUCUGUUAUCAGAAACUCUCGGGUUUAAGGUUAUCUAACACCGUAACUCGUUUGUUUUUUGGAGUGAUCUGCUUGAUUAGACUUUGUUUUCUCUCACAGGUUCUUCAGUCUGCUAAAGAACAAAUCAAAUGGUCGCUUCUACGGUAGAGCCGUGUCUACAAUAGAUCUGCCUCUUCUUCAGUCUACCAGUGAGCCGCUGCUCAGGCAGUCUUCAUGGCACUGAUCCACAUACUCCUUUCCCCCCUGAUUUCCACUCCUCCAAUCAGAGCUGUGAGGAGUUCCACUGGCUGAUCCAGUCACACUCCCAGGACUACUACUGCUUCACAUUGUUUCAUUUUUCAAACAUUUUCCUACAUCUUUUUUUUGCUCAGGCUUGCGUUUUGUGACAUUAUCGACAUGAGGAUAAGAUUUGGUGUACAUUCCAGUUUAAGGCCUGACCUGGCCUGUUUGGUUACAGAACUUCGGUGUUGAGAAAACCAGCGUAUCGGUCCAUAAAAUACACACAAACCUCAUCGUAGCCUGUGGCAACAUUCCAUGUGUCUCUUUGAAUAAGAAUUGAAUCCACUGUCAUUUCCUUUAGAUUAUUGUACAGAGUACUGAGCCACUGUAUCUAUCAAUCAGUUAACAUGAAUAUUGUGAUCAAAAAGUGUACCACUUGUACUGUCCUUACAUCCCUGACGGCAGUGGUAUGGUUUGUCGUGGGAUCUUCUAUCAUCUGAUUCUUUUAAUAAAUGUUUGUUGACACUUGCAUGUGAAAAGCAGUCAGACAUCAUUUUUCUGUAUGCCCUAAGAUAUGCUCCAUGAUGUCCCUCAAAGCGUUAUAUCUGUAAACUGAGAAAUAAAUGGAACCAUAAAUCCUGUUAGGAUCAUUUUCACGUUUAUAUCUCUGAUUUUAGAUGCUCUAUUAAUACUUUUUGUGUCCUUAUUUAGAUCUGCAACACCGCAAGCUCUUUGUUCUCUGAGACCUCAGGAAGAGCCAAAGACACUAAGGCAAGAGCUCCAUCUCCUGGAGUAAGCAGCACAGUGCAAGGUUGAGGUACAUUUCAAACUCUAGUCAAGGCAGAGAAGGGAGGAGACUCAUUCAUGCAGCUAUGAUCGGCGGCGUGCAUUGUACUGUGUUUCUGUGACAUGCAGAUAAGUCUUAUGGAGAUGUACUUAAUUCAUUUCUGCUCUGUAGAGAACCACUGUGUGCCGCAUGAAUUGUGUGCACCCCCAACGUUACACACUAACCUUAUGCACUCAUUUUAAUGCAAAUGAAGGGUGCACACCAGUGAGAGAUGGGAAUUAGGACAAGCACUAGAUCAUUUUGGUCCCAGGCACAUACUAGAAUAGAAGAAAUGAUCUGUUUCCACUCGUCUAUAUGCUCUCAUGCUGAUAAUCUAAAAGUAAAAUGACAGUAUUUUUAUCCAACAGGAGAUUUGUAUUAGUUGUGCGACUAUCAGAUCUAACCGUGCCUAAUUAAAACCACAUUAGGUGGCAGGUCUUGUUACCGUGUCUCCCUCUGCCUCGCUCUUACAGUUGAAACACCUUCUCCUUUUCCACCUGACAUGUUGAAGCGUGUCUGUUGAUCUGACUGAAAUUCAUUAAGCAACCAUUUGUAGCCUAUCCACAACAUCGGCUUUUAUGACAAGUUUGACAACUAUCUUAGUUUCUUUGCUCUGUAUAUCAAUGAAAGUCACUUGGCCAAGACAUCAAACGGAAAAGCAGAGAAAUUGAACGCUUUUGAUGUGGAGAUGUCUGUGGCCUGGAGCAGUUUACGAAAAAGAUCACAUAGAAGUGGUGAUGUUUGCUAGCAGAAGGUAAAUUAGAGCAUUUCACAAUUUAUUUGCCCGACAGGAAAUUUUGGAUGUUUCUGUCUGUCAAAAAAAAAACCACCUCAAAUCUCGUGAUUAUUUUAAUCUUAGUCAAACUGGAUAUCCUCAAUUGGAGCUGCUGAUCUCAAUCAUAAACUUCUAGGCCUGUUAAAAACAUGAAGCAUGUUGUACUGGAAACAUUUUGGAGGGAAAAACAAGAGAAGUCUUGUGCAACUUCUUCUUACUCUGUGUGUAGGAUUGAAGUGAUAAGGGAAGUAUGUUGAAAUAACUCAGACCAAGCAAGAAAAAAACAAGAAACUUCAGGUUAAAGAUAGUUUAUCAACAUAUUAAAACCUAGAAGAUGAGAAAAGUAAGUUAAAUGUUAUCUAGCUUUAUUAACCAAACCAAAUAACCACACCAUAAAGGCAACUGAGUGUUUCAUUCUGUGAGUGUGUAAUGUUGUUUUCACAUAACAGAGAGCAGUGCAGCCAAUGAAAGUGUUAUUGGCUCUGACCCGUGGACCUAUCACCUUGGCUUUGCUCCAGUUUGAUUGAGCCCUUGAAUCUGUGGCUCUUUAUGGCUGCAGAGAUAGCAUGAAUGGACUUUGUGUUGAUGCUACUUGCAGCGUGUUUUACUGGAGAAAGAGCACUAAGAAAGGAAAAGGUAAUCAUUAUAAAUGGACUCCAUUAUUGCCCCAGUUUACUGUUAUCGCACCAGUUUGCCGGUAUAAUGAGGCCCGCUUCUGUCUCCCUGUGCUUUCUGUGAACGAGGGUUAAACAUGAAGGUUAAAGACGGCAUGAUUAGCAGAAGUAGACAGCAGUAAAUGUGAUUAGAUGAGAUCCCAGCAAGGGCACGGCAGAAAAGAGAGAGGGUUCAAACAGAUCCCACAUGAGGUGCCUGUCCAGACCCGCACUGUUCAUCAAGAUAGCCCUGCACCCCCAAUGGUGCUGCAGGGAUUUGCUUUCAUCCACUAAUUACAGUUUCAACAUCAUAAAAAACAAGCAAGGUAAUUUAUAUUAAUUAUACAGGCAUGAGUAUAACAGUCUGAAACGCCAUGGCUUGACAUGCUGUACAUAACAUGCAGUAAAAUUGUCAGAGACGUGUAGGCUAGAGCUUUGUAAUUGAUCGAUGCUUACAGUGAAAGAGUGGCUCUCUCUUUCUGUUGUGUGUGUGUGUACUCUGUGAAUUAGAGUCAAUAAAUUAUCAUCAUCUGUAAGCUUAUAGAGUCUUUAUGUCAUAGUCAAUGGGCCUGAGCACCCAUCCAGUGGCUUGCCCUGCUAAAGAGAAACAACGCUGAAGAAAACAACGACAGCAUGUUGGACCCAAUACAGUAAACACAUUAAAGAAAGUGCCAUUAUAUUGUCUGGGCAGGACAAAGGCCAAGACCCACAUGAUGUUUAAUGACCCAGAGUAUUAAAAUUAACAAGACUAUUUACCUCCACUGCUUUCACAUAAUGCCAAGACUUAAACUAAUGGUAUAAACAUUAUGCUAGAAAAAAUGACCUAUUUUAAAAAUGAAGCAGCUCAUUUGUUAAUAAUUGUCAAUCUGUAUUAACCAAGAUUUAAAAAAUAACCACACAAGGAUCAUAAUAACAGAAUUACUGUAACAUUUCUAAAAAAAGGCGUGUGUGUGUGUGUGUGUGUGUGCAUAGACAGAGGAAAAUGUAUGGGUCCAAGCCUGCUCCCUUUGCCUCAGCAGCCUGACGUGGUUUAUGGCCCCAGUUGCCCUCUCUGGGUCUGUUUAUGGAUUCCCAUAGAAUAGAGAAUCAUGGCCACUCCAGGAAAAGCAAGCCAAAAACAACACCUCCACCAUUGCACUCAAGCCUGCCUUUGCAAUAACUCAUCUGGCUGUUUAUGUUUCUGACGGAAAAAAAAAAAAGAAUUCAUAGUAAUGACAUAAGAUGAUUGUAAAUUCUGAUGCUAAUGUUUAAUUUUUUUGUUGAUGUAAGAUAAAAAUGUCACCACAAAUGUGGCUGCUUUAUUGGUUGUCGUUACAGGUUGGCGAAAAAAUUGUGGGCUUUGAUAAGAGAAAGCUUUUUUCUUUGGGGUUGGAAUAGCGUUGCCUUCGCAGCGCCGGCUGUUUUAUGAUACAUUUAAGAUUUAUGACAUGAAAAUGUUCAACUUUGAUAGGAUAAUGAAAGUGCACCACCAAGGGCAUUGUUAAUCUGGGAAAUAUUCCACUUGAUGUGUUUCCCUUCUGCUGUUCCUGUUUUGCGUGCAGCUCUCUCUUGUGCCAGUGCAGUGCAUUACUCUUCAGUGAAAGCACGCUUUAGGAGAGUGAUAGUGGAAGCACUCUGGAUGUGAAAAUACACUCUGGUUGGUUAAAUGAAGCAGGAUCACACUGUGUUUCUUUGUGAUCAGAUGGAAACCCCGAAUCAUGAGUAUUUGGUUGUGUUUGCCGUGCCACAGGGGCAACUCCAUCAUAUUCUGAAGCUGCACAACUGGGGCACAUCUGGUCUGUAGGUGGACUGGAUUGGAUUUUGUCUCUAAUCCAGAGGGUUCCCUGCAGCCAGGCGCCUUCUGCUGCUGCUGCUGCUACUGAUGAGACUGUGUCAUAACAGUCAGAGGUUACUGGGUUACUGCUGUUAUCAAACAGUCGACACUAAGUUUUGGCCUCACAAUGAUGCACAAGAGCACUAAAGAAGGGCCAUCAGUCAUUUUCACUGUAGACAGUCAACAUCAGAGGCAGCCAUGCUGGCCGUAAAAGCUUUAUGAGUGUUUCUGCUGGUGUUAUUCAACCCCCCACUGCAUCCGUCAGGGAAAAAUAUAGUUGCUCCCUUUUUUUUUCAGCCCUUGUUAAGUCUUGUUUCGUUUGAAAAAAUUCCUCUGCGUGCCUUCAGCUGUUUGACUAUGCUAUGCGUGAAUGUUGUUUUGUCGCAGGGCCAAAGAAUGUAAAGAAAAGCAUUUUCAGUUACAUAGCUGAGUGUGAACCCUCUGUUUUUUCCCUCCUCCCACUGUCAUCCACUCUUUCUCACUUUCUCUCCCCCCUUCCUCCCCAUGGAUUCCCCAACCACACCACAACACCGUUAACAGACGCAGCCCUGACAGAUUUACAGCCAUCGUCUUUCCAUUGGCCGCCAGCGUGACAGCCAAGAUUUAGAGCCGCCUCCUCAUUGGCCGAGACUCGACAGGUUAAUUUAUGGGUGCACUGUGAUUUGAUGCCUUCUGCCUUUGAAGUGAGUUACAGCUCUGUCGCUUAUAGGACACAGAAACGGUGUCAGGUUGCAAUCGUAAAAUCUUAUCCCUGAAGGGGGAUGGCGCUGGAGUAUAAUAGUCCUGACGUCAUGAGAGGAGAAGAGACCUUCUUGUGAGCAUAGAGGAGGAACAGAGACUUGUGUGACUGGAAGAAAUGCAGAGACUGUCUAAAAAUGAAAAACUGAGAGAGACAAACCCAAGAAUGUUGCAAAAAGAGAGAAAAUGGUCUGAGUGUACGAUUUGUGCACAUCUGAAUGCAUCUAGGAACAUUUGUAAUGUCUUGCUAAGAGGAAUUGCUGAAUUCGUCUUUGCAUCCUACAGUCAGCCAGCUUUGACUUGACUCUGCAGACAUAAGACUUCAUAUCAACAUAUACAGCAACAAACUACAAGUCACGUUUGCAUCUGGCUACUGUAUGCUGCUGUGUUUGUGCUACCAUCUCAUCCAUCUGCAGCCUAUCUCUGCAUCAGCCUGACAGAUGAUCCUCACAAGAUCAAGAAGAGUGAUAAUGCGGCCCUGCAACAACCUUGACCAAUGGAAAUAACUAAGAGUAAAAAAAGUAUGGCCGCCCCUGCCCUGUCUCCCAACCUUCAGAGAAUUCAUGCACCGUUUCCCUCGGAGAUCUAAUGCCUCUCUUUACUCUUUCGCUUCACACCUGAUGUUGUCUGCUAAAGUGGGAAAUCAUUGGGGUACAAAGAGACAGAGGAAAGCCGUGGACUUGUCUUGUAAAGGGGGAUUGUAUAAUUUCAUAAGAAACCAUCUCAUAAACUUGACAAGUUACACGGGGUUACAUGGCGUGCCCUCGAAAAUGUGCCACGCAAGAGAGGGAAAACAGGUUUCUCAUUUCAGAACAGCAUGAUCCCUCUGAACUGAAUGAUGAAUAGUUUGGUGGUGUGUUAGAACAGUCUGACACUAAUACACACGUGUACAUCUAACCUUUUCAAUGAGGUCUUUGCUGUGUAUGCUUUACUUACAGGACUCUCCUUUGUAUUCUGUAUUUAUUUUAAAAUGUGACUCCUUUAAAUGAGAGACAUUUCAUCACGAACUUGGUAAAAGCUUUUGCCAAAGUGAAUAUCGAUAGAUUUGUACCACAGAUUGUUGUGCUUGUUAAUUAAUGGUGUUUCUCUUCUGUGGCCGAUAAAAGCCUCUUCCCAGAUAUGUAUGUCUCCCCUAAGCACUGCCAGGAUCCAGCAUCUCUGAAGGCCAAACAUCGACUCUUAUAAUGCCUGCUUGGUUGUUCCCUUCAGAAGCAGCUCAGUCCAAACGUGUCCCAACUAGCUGUAGAUUAAUAGGGUGGUGUAAGGCCAAGGCAUGUUAAUGUAUGUGUCGAGGCUAAACGCGCCUCUGUUGGGAAGCGAUUUUUACACAGUCGGCAGGGCGUCAGGGUGUUCAUCCUGUCAAGGAGAAUGUGGACUGGUGUGUGGCCAAAUAAAUCUCUGAAACAAGGUCCUGCACAACUGAACUUGAUCUUUGUGAAUGUUCCUGCAUACAUAAGAGCUUUCGCAAAGGUCUACAUGAGGCCACAUUGGGCCUUCAUACUCAGCCUCUUCUUUCUUUGAGCGCCAUGUACGUAGUGUAGUAAUUUGAAUCAGUAAUUGAUUCCUUAAAGGCAGGGCUGGGAGUUCAAACUCUGCCGCAGAUCUUUUUUUUUUCCACAACAUUUUGACUUUUUAUGGUUUAAAAAGACAAGCGUCUCUUCAAACAUUUCUCUUUUUAUUUCCUUCUAAAGUAUCUUAAAUAGCCUCACACUGUGGUCGUAAAUUACUAACACAGCAUGAGGACUCUGAAACUGAGGCAACCAAAUGAAAUUCAGACAUCAUUGCUUUUCCUGCUCUGGCUUGGUAGAAUGAAACUCCCUAAAAAAGCCACCAUUAAUAGAAGUGGAAGUAGAUUUUUUGAGCUUUCAGUCUUCUUGAACCUUUUUUUCUGCAUUCCCCUUAACCAUGUUUUUCCCGGGGCUUAACUCUGUGUUUGUGAACGACCCGAAUUCCAGAAAAACUUCAUUUUAAAAAUUCAGGUUGUCAGUUUAAACCCGACUAGAGAUUAAUUUUCACAUGAAUAUUCAUGAUCUGAGUGUCGAAAAAUAUGCAGAAGUAGGUCAAACCUCUCUUAUCUCUUGUUACCUCUCGAUGGGUGCUUCUGUCUCUUCUGUUAUAUUUAGAGAACUGGGAACAAAGUGCAGACGCUAAUUAAUCUUGUUGAGUUACACUAAUUAUAAAAGUAGUGACAGAUAUGUGAAUGUAGGACAGUUUAGAGCAUAUGUCAGAUUAUUUCCCACUAGAGUUGUUUUGUGAGGCACCUAGCAGACACCCCACAGGCAACUUUUUCACUGUACCUCUACCUUCUGAUAGAUUUCGGUAAUAGUGAAACGGUUUCACUGAAACCCAGCACUAGGGCUGGACGACAUGGAAAAAAGUUUAUCACGAUAUAUUUUUUUCACAUCAGUUGAUAUUGAUAUAUCAUGAUAUAAAAAAUAAAAUGUAACAGUGCUUAUUGGUAGCAUGUCUUUUGCAAUAUAAUAAGCUACUGCAUCUAUGAGGUCUUUGUGUCUCUUCAACCUUUUGUCGUAAGGUGUUGCGCUAGAGAAAUUGUCGGCUAUUUCGGAUAUACAGGCGCCAUGGGCUCCUUGCGUUGCAUUGUGCGUGCUCUGCUGCGUGGCGCUGCUUCAGGUGGUGAAAAAGAUUUGAGGUAUUCCCUGACUUUGAGAGAACAUCUAUUCGACAUAAUUUGCAGUGCACAUUACUCUGCUUCAUGUCCGACCUCAAAAAAAACAAAAUACCUCCACACCACCAAUGUUUUUGUGCUAGUGUUGUCGAUGAUGUCAUCAUCUGUCGACAUUACUGUCGGCUUCACAUGUGCUAUGGUUGCGUGUAGAUGCAGCCUGCUACUACACAAUUGUUUGCUACUUGGUUCAAAUUCAGCACAUGAUUGGUUCAACGCAAAGCAGACCCAGAGAAAUUCCCCUUUUCAAUUGGCUAUUUGUAUACUCUACCAAAACAUGGCAGAAUGCCCAUUAUCAAAAAGGAUAUUGACCAUGUUUUAUUGAUACUGAAUUUUCAAUCUAUAUUGUUAUCAUUUUAUUGCCCAGCCCUACCUAUCACCCUAUGGACUCAAUAAAUGCGUAUUUUGACCCAUUUAUGUAAAUAGCUGCCCAAGACCCACUGCUUAACCCUAGUAUUCCCCUCCCUUUUCUUCUUUACUUUCAUAUCUCUAAAGCUUUCAUACUGGUGUAGGAUGCCUUUUGGUUAUAAAGUAGACUGGGAUUCAGCUGCAUACAUUAUUAAUUUCUGAAUCAUAGCCCCCAGGUUUGAGAAUAUUACAAUAUUUGGUAAUCAUUAAUAAGUCAUGCAUUUCCACUCUCAAUGCUCAUUUUUUGAGAGAACUUUAGAUUUACAGCAAAAUUCUCUCAUCUAAUAUCAAAAAAUAUUGUCUAAGUGCGAUAAGUCAAAUUUAUGUUUUUACACUCAUACCAAAACAGUUAGAUUAGCAGAAAAUGCCACACAAAAGAGCAAAAUUAACUCUAAAGCGGUUCUUUCUUCUUCUGAUUUUCAGUCGCUGUAUUCUCGUUUUGGUUGUUUAUCGUUUUGCACAUGCAGUGAACCCUCGCUCUGCGUCUCUGUUGUAGCAUUUAAGAUCAUGUUCAAUGAGGUGUCCAUAAAAACUGGAGGCACCCGGACAGAGAAGCUGAAAUAUUAAUGAUAAGCAGGACCAGCACCACUCUGACAGCAGCGGUACACCUCAGAUAGCUUAAAUAUCACCGCUAAUUAACACAGAGAGGUGGGCUGUCACAGGAGUGAUGGAUGCUCAGGGGGGCAGAUUGCUGCCUUCAACCAACCAGAGAUUCCUUUAUUAAUCAAAGCCUGAGAUGAAAAGGCUCUCCCACACCUCGGGGAGAGGAAGAUAGCAGGAGCUAUUGUUGGGAGGGUUUCAAUCAUUCGCCGUGAGCCUGUGAUGUAUUUGAUCAGGGGGCAUCCAAACAUUUGUAGGAGACAGAACAUUUCUGCUGCCACCGCUUGUUUUAGAGGAACCCCUGAAUCACCCUGAUGUUUACAGAGCCACAGUAUGCACAGUCGGAUUAGAUUUACUGCUUGUUUUGGAGAUUUUUGUUUGUAGGAGCUAUUUUGUAUCCUUCCACAAGGGAGGUGAGCAUGCAGAGUAGGUGAUCACUCUCACACUGAGCUCUCCUCCCUGAUAGUGAGUCAGACUGAGCACAAGGCAGAACUCCUACACUUUAUGUCCUGACUGUAUUCUGUCUCGCAGAGAUUAUUGCGCACCGAGAUGAUUUCAGCACUUUGUGUAUGAAGAUGGAGUGUUAUCCCUUCUUUCCAGUCUCCUCCCCAUCCACCUCACUUAAGGAGGUCCAUUGUUAAGUGCCGGGGGCCUGUGGGUGCUGUAAAUCAGGCUGCAGAGGGAGGGGAUGUCUCCCAUGGGGGAGAGCGCACACUCCCAGCAGCCCUCAGGCUGAUCUCAUCCAGCCUAUUCCUAAUGCUUUAAUUAAGGAACUGGUCAAUAGCAAAGAAGAAGGUGCUAAAGGGUAUGAUCUGCACUUCCUAACGUACGACAGAUACAACAGUAGUUAUGCAGGUGGAGUGACGGGGCAGAGUACUUCAAGACAUUCUUCUCUCCUCUCUGAAGAAUGUGGUUUUAGCUAUCUCCACACACACUUAGAUGUCUGUUUGAUGACACAGUUUAACAAUAAGACGUGCUAACAGCAAGAUUUAAAUCAAAUCAAAUGCUUAGCAGGAGAUUGAGAGUCUUCUAAAACCUGGACUCAGACUCGGAAAAUAUGCCUUACUGACUUUCUCUUCACUGGAAAUUUGACUUUCCUUUCAAAGUUUCACGUAGUGGAAUGCAAAAGCAGAUUUGGGUCGUAUAUUUCAAACUGCCUCCAGGCCAUGACAUCAGUGAUUAGUUCAUGGAAGUGGCCCCAGAAUACUACCGAGGUCCUGGCUCUGCACAAACCAUCUGUUUCUUGCUUUCUUGAAGAGGCUGUGUAGAAAGAGUUGGUUAGAACACACCUCCCUCUGGUGGUGCAGAGAGGGCUCUAUAAUUUAAAACAUUCUGGCGUCUGAGAUGUAUUGCAAGCUGUAUCUUGACUUCCUGAUUUUCUUCAGCUUUAUAUCAUUAUUAAUUGAACAAAUUUGGUUUUUAUAUACACCUCUAGAUGGAGGACUUGAUCAUAGACUCAUUUACAAUCCAUCAUCUCUUGACAUCAGUGAGUCUGAAGAUAAAGAUUGCCAAUUUAAAAACAGAUUAGAGCACUUUCUUAAAUUAGGAACUAAAUACCUUGAUAUCAUAUAAUCAUUGUCUUAAUCACUCUAUCUAAAAUGUGAGUACACUUGUCUUUUUUUGUGGUUUGACUUAUUUUUCACUGACACCUUCUAUGUUUAAAAGCUGAAUGCUGUGUUAGAGAGUUAGUACAUGACUGUCAGACCAGGACUUGUUAAUUAGUUCAACUCUGCCAAAUUAGACUCAAUCGUUUGAGGUCACAGUACACUGUUGCAUAAUUAACAGCAGAUUCUAAUAAAUCCACUCAUGUUUAUCUGUUUUCAAAUUCAUUCUUUUCAAAUGACAAAAAACGUUCAGUUUCUUGAUCUUCAGGGAGAAAACAGCUGCUUAUAUCUGCAUGGAUGCCAUCUGCUGACACAGUUGGUGUAUUACAGAUCUCUGAGACGCUAUCUUUGUAGUCUGAAAGAUACACUGAGUAAUGUGCCAUUUGAAAACAAGUGCCUAAAUUCUCAUUUUAUGUCGAGUGAGACCCAAAGGUAGACAGCUUUAAUAGGUCAAAAUAAAUUAUUCCUACCUGUUGAAAAGACACAAAAAGUAAAAAAUCUGGAUUUUUUUUAAUACUGCAGAAAAUGUGUACUACUACAUUUGUUGAAAAAGUGUAACAGCUUUAUUGAGACUUGGGGCCCUAAACUGCCAUGACAAGCUCCAUGCUACAGAAUGAUUGACUCCAAACUGAUUUCACUUCACCCCUGAAAUAGCGAAAAUACAAAAAGAAAAAAAAAGAAAGACAGAUGGGGCUUACAUUAAAAAAAAGUUACAAAAGCAAAAUGUUAAGAUCCUUGAACAUAAACAUGCAAAAACAUAAAAAUGUUGACCAAUCAUAACUGAUUAACUAAAAGUGGCCCCUUUCACUUUCCUUCCAAUGGCAAGUUGAAGAUGUCUUGCAAAGGGCUUUUUGUAUGAUAAAAGAAAUCAUCAGACUAAAGAUUACAACUUUGACAAAACUUUGAUUUUCUUUUGGGGUAUAGGUCCUUUACAUACUAUCCUCUACCCCUAAAACCAUUAAAAUAUAUAUUAAUGACUUCAUAAAAAGCAAACAAAUCAGUGAUGGACCCGAAACUUCUUGUUUUCACACAAUCUAAAACUGUAACAGCAACAGGAGUACCAGUCUACUAUCAAUUCCUCUAAAACUGAGCUAACAUCUCCAGUCCAGUGUUAAGAGCCAUAAUUAAAAGUACAGUGUGUAAAAGAGGAUAUUUAGUGGUCGGAUUUUGAACUGGAACGCUCCCCUGCUCACCCCACACACUGGUGGCUGUUGAGGAAAAGAAUCUCCUACGAUAGAGAAAAAGUAUGGUCCUAUUUGUCAAAUUUUUAACAUCUGCUAGUACAAAUGCUUUGCCCCAAACACCCACCCUCUUGUCCUUUAUACAUUUUGCAAAGCCCCUCACAAUAGAGCCACUCAUGCUCUUAACAAAAAGAGCAUUAUAUGAGUUUGACCAUUCAACAUGUAUAGUGAAAGAUGGCAGCCUUGGCUACAGAGGACCCACUUCUAUGUAGAUAUUUAUGAAGGCAAAACUAUUUCUAUAUCCUGGUGAUUAUGCAUAAAGUCAAACAUACGUAAAAAUAUUAUACUCCAUUCCUACUAAAUCAGUUCUGCUAAACUCCUCUGAAUAUGACACACUGCUCCUCAAUGUAGGCUUUCAGCGUACAAACAUAACCCGGGCAUUAUAACUCUGAACAAGAGGGCAUCUUCACUGAUAAAGUUCAAAAUCAAACCUGAAAUGACAUGGCACUGUAUCUGGUAACAUUCAGUCAGGUCAAGACAGCGGUGAGGUGAUGGAGGUGUUAAAAUAAGCCACAUCAUUAUCUAGAUUAAUCUUAUCAUGGCUGCUUUCAUGAGCACUUAAUCCAGCUUGUUUUUUUUUUUUUUAAUCAAGAACAGUUCCAGUGUUCAUAUGGAAAUCUACAUUUUAUCUAAAUGUGUGAAACAACCAAAUAACCAUAACUAGAUCCUGUUCAAAUACUCUCACAGACUUUUCAGGCAAACUAAGUCUGAAGAAUUGAUGAACAGUGAACAAGAAAAAAACAAAAACAAACUAACAGCGGUUCCUAGUAAGAGAUGGACAAUUACAACAACUCAUUUGAAAUUAGACAAUUCCUAAAUGAAGGUAAAAUAUUCAAUCAACAGAUUACUAAUUUGUUCAAGAACGUCAAAAAUCUAAUACACUCUAGACCCUUUAAAACAAGGUCGAACAGUGUCCGAGUGAGCGAGCAUUCUCUACACACCUUAACUACUGCCACAGUCAGCUCAAAAUGUAACAUCUGAGGAGAGUCAGGUUAGCCUUUAGUGUUUUUCUGUAAAAUGGCAGGUUAUAAGUUACUUCAGGUCCAGUUAAGACUUGUGUACAUGAAGAAAAAACAAACACAUUUGCAUUUAACUCAGCAUUAAGCUAAUUUCACUUUAACAUACAUAAAGUUCGAUCUCAAAUGUGGUCGAACUCUCAUAACACAUACCAUGAUGUAUGGGAGGCCAGAAUCUUCCUCUACCACCUCUGCUGAGAAGAAGCUAGUGCAUGAGUGGUACCAUGAUGACGACUAAAACGGUAGAAGCUGAAACUCUAAUACUACCCAGUCCUGUAUUGUCUUCUUGUGAACUGUCCAUACAAAGAAGAGGGUCAAAAGCAGGUCAAGAGGAUGUCAACAAGGUACCGCUGGAAGUCUUAUCCAGUCCAGAGCAGCUGCUACCUUCUAGUGAAAAGGAGAGGUGUGCAUUUUCAUUCAGUUAUUGCCUUAAAAUCAUGACCUGUUGUCCGUGUUCACAGAUUAGCCCUCCCUUGUUGUCAGUAAGAUGAAUGUAACAGUAGAAAAAUACAAAAACUCACUAUCAACAGCUCAUUGACUGAGCUGUUGUGAUUAAAAUGAAAUUGUUUUUAUGCUAGGCUGUUUUCAAGGUAGAGUACAUUUGAGCUCCACUACUGCUGUCUGUGAGGUCUCUACACAAAGACGAGGGUCAGACAGUCAAACGGUUGCUGGAGGACUGUAGGGGGCUCCAGGAAGCUGGAUGGGCAGAUGCGUCCUGUGAGUACUGGUUCUCCUCUUUAGUCAUCCCAACUGUGCACAGCCGCCGGUGUCUCAGCAGCCUGUCUGUCCGUGAGAAGUUCUGGAGACAGAGGAAGAAAGGAUUUGUGUUUUAGUUUCAGUCAGCAUGUGCUGAAACUGCAAGGCAUAUGAUAACACAUGUAAAUUAAACUAACCUGGUGGCAGCGGUCACACUGGUAUGGUUUCUCUCCGCUGUGCACCCUCUUGUGCCGGUCAAGGUGGUAACGCUGAAUAAACCGCAUAUCACACGCAUCGCAAGCAAAAGGCUUUUCUCCUGUGAAAGUAAUAAAAAAAAGAUUUGAUUUCUCUGCCUAUGCAUUAUUAAAUAGUACGAUAAAAUAUCAUUAUUCAAAUGAAAACCUUCCUACAGCAGCACAAUGAACAAAUUCAUAUCCAGCGUUCACAUUAAGAGGACAUGUAAGGAAAGGAAGGAAAUACCCAGAUGUUGGUCUAAGAUAUCAAAUGCACUGAUAAAACCAGAUUUAAAGGGAUAUUCCUGCGUAAAAUUAAUUUAGGGUCCAACACACCGUUACACCGAGUUAGACACCCCCUUUAGAGAUGAAUGUUGCUGACCGCUUGCUUCUCUAGUUCUACCAACUUCAGUAAUGACCGCACAAUAGCAAUACA